UUAAACAUCAUUGUUGUAAAAAAGAAAAAAAAAACAGUUGUAAACGUAUACAAAAUUGUAUAUAAAAAAAAUCGGACAAUUGUACAGUGGGUCAAUAUUGUGUAAGAGUUACUUGUAAAACUUGAAUUGCUGAUGAUUCCAUAGAACAAAUUGUGGAUCGCGUGAUCUACAUAUAUUUCGCUGCUAGAGUUAUUACACAUGGUAGUGUGACGUCUAUAUUUAACUUCUCUAUGCUAGAAAAAAAGUAAAAUUAAAAAAAUUAAUUUUAGUUCAGGGCUGAUUAAAACGUGCGUAGCAUACACCCACUUAUUUGCCGGCCGACUAAUACUACAUAGCAUUGCACUUUUACUUUUAAUUUGAAAAUAGCAAUUUUUUUGUUGGUCGAAGAGGCAGCUGCUGAAACAUUGCAUUUGAGAAUAUUCACCAAGUGUAACGACACCCAAGAAAUUAGUAAAGAAAAAAUCAACGCGUAGUAGUAAAAAGUAUAUGUGUCCACUGAGGCCUACUGAUAAGCAAUUAUUUUAAUAAAAUUUAUUCGUUGAUAUAAAUUAAUCUGAUUGUAUUCCUGGGAUAGCCGGAGUAAACAUUUUAUAGCUGCCAUUAACAAAAGUGAAAUAAAUUUUAUCUCUCGGGUUUGACUGCAAAUGUUGAAUCAUGGUUACUGCGUCGCAAUGUACAACUGAGACAGUAUUUGAUUACAGUUGGAAGCAAGUCGUACAAGCCUACUGGAAUCGCUAUCCCAAUCCCUCAAGUACACAUGUUCUUACGGAAGACACAAUAGAGCGUGAGGUACGUGAUGGUAAAUUAUAUUCUCGCCGUUUACUAUCCAAAACAAAUCCAGUGCCAAAAUGGGGUAAACGUUUUUAUAAUAAUGCACCAGUGAGAAUUGUUGAGGAUUCGAUUUUAGAUCCGAAAAAUAAAACCCUAGUUACCUUCACGCGAAAUAUUGGAUUCAAAAAGAUAAUGAAAGUGGAUGAAAUAGUCGAAUAUAGCGAGCAGAAAGAUGGGCGAACUUUGGCUGUAAGGCGUGCCUCCGUUACUUCACAAGUAUUUGGGUUUUCACGUGCUAUACGCGCAUUUGGCAUUGAACGUUUCAAGUCUAAUUGCAAUAAAGCGGCGUUGGGGUUCAAUUAUGUAUUGCGAAAUAUGUUUCCUAAUAAUGCUGCUUCAGUGAGUGCUACUAAUGGUGCAACGAGUGGCAAUGCCAGCGAAUUAGUGUCAAGCCAUAUACAGCAAACAACUUUGAAUAAAAAUGAAACCAUUAAAAGGGCUGGCAAAGCCGGCUAUGCGUAUUUGAAAAACCAAGCCAUUAAAUUGGCACAAAUAUUUUCCAUUAAAAAUUGAUAAAUAUUAUAAUGAGAAAUAGAGAACAAUUGUGGUAAUGAUCAAUUAAUCAGCUAAAUCUCUAUAAGUUUUUCAAUUUAAGCGCAAUAGUUGUAAACGAUAUACGUAUUUAAGCGAGAAUAUUACGCCAGAAAAGCUUUGAGUGUAAAUGGCGACUGCCUACGAAAAUCUAAUCUAAAUAAUUUUGCAAACUUUCUGUUGUCUGCCAUAAACCAAUGCAAAAGAAAAGUUUGAAUGUAGCUGAAAUGCAUACAGAAGUACACACUCUGUUGAAUGAAGAAUAUUUUCUCGACACUGAAUAUAGUUUUAUAAAUUUAUUGAUAUCCAUAAUUGCUCUUCAUUCCAAGGCAAAAUUGUUAGCCAUACUCACGGGAAUCUAAAUACUAUACAGAAUAUAAAAAGAUAAAGGUGUAUUUGUGGUAUGAAUUUAGUUUAUUACAUUUAAGAAGUCUUCCUUUUGUCACAUUUUCGUUUCUGUACCCAUAAAAGCUCUGCGCUAUUAGUAAAAAAUUUUACAGUAACAUCAAACUAUUAAAA